UUACCCAUACAUUAUACUCCUUCAUAGAUUUUAUUUUAUUUUUUAAAAUAAAAACAAAUACCCUAAACAAAAGAAAAUGAGUAAUAAGUACUUCCUUCACCCUUGUCUUCUCUUUCCUUUUUCUUUUCUUUCUCUCUCUCUCUUAAUUUUCAUCUUCCUUUCUUUCUGUAUACGAAAUCCCAAAUUAAGCUCAUUGGCAAUGGAGGUGAUACUUGCAGACAAAAGCCACAAGUAACAUCUCCUCCAAUUGCAUCAUUCAAAACCCACAAAUGAUUAUAUUUAUUUUAUUCUUGAUUUAAUUUUAAAAUUUCCUGCUCUUUUUUCUUUAUUUCAAAUUUCACUUAAAAAGAUAAGCUUAGGCAACAUCAUCUGCUACUUUUUUCACAACCACCCUUUUUGGGUUCUUAAAGCUCCCCAGAAAAAAAGGCAAAAACUGAUCAAAUUCCCACUUUAUUUUAAUCACCCAGAUCAUCUUUUACAGAUCUUUUUUAAAAAGAUCAACGUAUGGGAGAUAUGGAUUCAGAAAACAGUGGAAGUAUGCAGUCUUCUAGUACUGGUGGUGCUGACGAUCAUGAAUAUGACUCUCAUGGUGGUGUUGCUGCCUCUGGUUCACUGCUUUUUAACCCUAUGUCAUGCUUUAAUAUUAACACCAUGUCCAUGGCUGCUUGUAGUACUACUCCUCUUCAACUUUACUCUUUCAACAAUGGUUCUUCUUCUUCCUCCUCUUUUUCUCCUCAUCAUCAAAUAGGAACAAUUUCCAACUUUUUUGAUCAUCCACCACCUACUUUACCUCAAUCUUCUUUUCUUAAUAAUAAUAAUAAUAAUAAUAAUAAUAAUAAUAAUAAUAAUAAUAAUAAUCAACUAGACAUAGGGUGGACCGAAAAAUUUGGUUCAAUAAGACAGUCUAUAUCGACCGAUGAUACGAAUUGCACUGAAGGUCCUCUAGGCUACAGCAUCACCAACAACAACCAACAACUUCAACAAAACCCAAACCCAUCUCCAUCUUCAUUACCUUUACCGGGUCAGGGUCAGGCCCAAGGUCCAACUGUAUCCUUAGGAUCACCACGUUCAUCUUCAGCUCUUGGAUCUAGUAGGAACCCGAAGAAAAGGUCUCGGGCUUCAAGACGAGCACCGACUACUGUACUGACUACCGACACAACUAAUUUCAGACAAAUGGUUCAGGAGUUUACUGGUAUACCUUCACCACCUUUCACUGCCUUCUCCCCUCGUACUCGCUACGAUCUUUUUACUGGUCUUACUAAUUCUAAUAGCUCUAUUACUAUGGGCGCCCCCUCCUAUUUGCUUAGGCCUUUCGCACAUAAAAUCUCUCCUCUCCAACAAUCAUUACAAUUCUCGACUCAUAAUUCCAACCCUCUAAGUGAUGUGUUGGGGUUGGGCACGGCCGCAACACCUUCCGCAUCCCACACUGCCGCACCAGCACCAGCACCAGCACCAGCACCGUCGACAAAUUUCGAGUUAUGUGACGCACAAAACUAUCUAAGCCCGAACCCUCAACUUAGUUUCCAGUCUCUACUACAACCUUCUUCUUCGCUUCCUACUGCUCAAAAUAGUUCCUCUGUUAAUCCUACUGCUGGGAAUUACUUAGGCAUUACUUCGAUUCCUGAUUCUGUUGCUGUAAAUGGCGCCUCUGAUAAUAUUAAUGGAGGUUCGACCAAGGGUGAAGGUAUGGUAGAUUCAUGGAUUUGUGCAUCUGAUUAAUUAAAUUAGAUUUUUAGUUUGUGUAAUAUUUAAUUAAUUAUAUUUGUAACAAUUUAGCAAACUACCACGGAAAAAUUAUUUAUCAAUUAUUUACUAAUUAUUAAUUGGGGAAGGGAUUUUAAUUUUAUUAUACGUACAAUGAUCAACAGUUUAUUUUAGCUAAGCGUUGAGAUUGCCUGUGUAUAUAUACUGCUGCUAAUAUACAAAACUAUCUUCUAUAUGA